GGAAGCGAUUGAGGCAGGAGUGAAUAGAGGCAGGAGUACAAGGCGGAGCCUCCUCCCCUCGGCUAUUUAUAUAGCUCUCACUACCUAGCUACCGAACAUCUAUAAACGAAAUCAACCGACCCCAAGCUAGACCUCGACAUGACUCUCUGCGGUAGAAAGGAGGUGACCUCGAUCAGGACUCCGAGACACAUCGGCCAGAUACUUUCUACAAUCGCGACGAGAGACAACAUGCCUACCUUCGUCUUCUUCACAAACCAAGCACUUUAUGGGGACAUCUAUUGGAUGCCCUCUGCAGAGAUCACCCUGAAGAUCUCACCUCGCGGCUCAAUAUCUCAAACAGCUAUUCAAUUUCCAGAUUCAGACCUACUUGGAUAA